GGCCCGGCGCUGGAGGACAGCCUCAACACGCUGUUCGCCCCCCUCAUCAUCUCCUGUGCGGCGCUGCUGGAGAAGCUCGCCGACACCUACACCUGCUUUGCCACCGAGCACGGACGACACCUCCACGUCCUGCAUAUGUUUGGGGACUGCCUGUACAUCGCGGUGAACGGUGACGAGACAGAGAGCGAAGAUGACCUGCGCCGGACUCUGUUCGUGCUGCGGCGCUUGGUGGAGGCUCACUGUGGCCUUGUCACGCUCGACGUCCACCUCAUCCGCAAGGAGUUGCGUCCAGCCGAUUCGGAGCAGCGAGAACGUGUCUGGAGCCUGCUGCGGGGCCUGUUGGAGACCUACAUCUGCCUGCGAGAGGUGGACCAGAGCUUUGCAGUGGAGGCCGUGGAGCGGCUGAUCCACCCUCAGUUGUGUGAGCAGUGCAUCGAGUUCCUGGAGCGGCAGGUGGUGCAGUACAUCAACACCAGCCCUGAGCGUGGUGGGGACGAGGUGGGCCAUGCCUUCCUUCUGGUGGACACCAAGCUGCUGGCCUUCUACUCCAGCCGCAAUGCCAGCUCCAUCCGUCCUGCCGACCUGCUCAUCCUCAUCCUCCUGGUGCAGGACCUGUACCCCAGCCAGAGCACUGAGGAGUUUGGCCCCCAGCCAACAGCAGGGAAGUUGCUCCCCCAGGGACCCAAGAGAAGCGAGAGCAUCGCUGUGAGCAGCCCUGGCUCCCAUGGAGCUGCAGAGAAGGACUCAGAUGACCAAGACACUGAUGCCUCCGUGCCCGAGGUUUACUACACACCUGAGCCCUCACCAGGUGGGCACAGCGUAGGCAGCGAGAGCUCGUCAGAGGGCGCUGAGACGCUGAGCACCGGGGAGGCAGAUGUUGCGGACGUCCAGAUGGCAGAGGACUUGCUCCAGACCUUGGGGCCUCUGGUCCCUGAAGCUUCAAACCCCAGAAGGAUCUUCCUGGAUGCCAACCUGCGGGAAGGUUACUGUCCAUUGCUGCCACACACGAUGCACUGCCUCCCGCUCUGGCCAGGCAUCUCCCUCGUCCUUCUGACCAAGGGCCCUACAACUCAGGUGGCCAUCACCUUGUACCAGUUGCUGGAUGGUUUCUUGGUGCUAGAGAAGAAGCUGGAAGAGGGGCCAGAGGUGGGAGCCCCACGCUCCUACCCAUUCCUGGCUGAGCUGCGGCAGCGCAUGGACAAGUUUGUGAAGAAGCUGGGCGGGCAGGACAUCCAGUUGCAGAACACCUGGGUGGACUUCAAGAACAAGAUAUUUUCUCGGAGUGAGCCUGGGAGCUCCCUGGAGCUGCUGCAGGCAGUGGCCAACAUGAAGCGGCAGCUCUGCUCCGUGUAUCGCCAGCUCUUCCUGGCCUCCACCAGCCACAGCCUGUCCCAGGGGCUGCUGGACCGUGCCCAGAAGCUGAUGAGGGAAAAGCUGCUGGACUGGCGGGACUUUCUGCUCGUGAAGAGCAAGCGCAAUAUCACCAUGGUGUCGUACCUGGAGGACUUUCCUGGCUUGGUGCACUUCAUCUAUGUGGACCGCACAGCUGGACAGAUGAUGGCACCGUCGCUCAGCAUGACAGAGGAGUCUGGCUCAGAGCUGGGCAAGGGCACCCUGGCCACCUUCAUCAAGAAGAAGGUCUGGUCUCUGAUCACAUUGGCCCGACGCUACCUACAGAAGGGCUACACAACUCUCGUGCUGCAGGAUGGUGACUACUGCUGCUCCUACUUCCUCUGGUUUGAGAACGAGCUGGGCUACAAGCUGGAAGUGAUGGAGGUGCCAGUUCUCUCCGAUGAUUCCGCUCCCAUUGGGAUGCUGGCAGGAGACUACUACAGGAAGCUGCUGCGUUACUACAGCAAGAACCACCAGGCAGAGGUAGUGAAGUGCUACGAGCUGCUGACCAUACACCUGGGCAUCAUCCCCUCUGAGCUCGUGGUCCAGCAGGCCUGUGAUUUGGCCCGGCGCCUCUGGGAGCCCUCCCGCAUCCCCCUGCUCUGA